CAUAGUGUUCGACAGUGCCACAAAUUAGGCAGAGCUGAACUACGUGCAAAGCUAGUGGCAAACAAGGUCGCGCCCGAAAGCCACGGUCUUGAGGGGGGAUUACGAUGGUCCUGAAAGGGACGCGACCUUCGGUCCUACUUUUCUUUCAAGAGGAAGCAGCGAACAAUGCACCUCUUUCAGAAAAGGUGCUGCCGCCAUGUGGCGGGUGACAGAAACAAUCUGGAGGGCAUAUACGGCAGCGCGCGCGGUUCGGGCGUUUCGUGAAUUCGUGUAGCCGGCCAGUAUCCGCAGCCAUCCGUGCAGUGAAUUUCUGUGUACACGUUUGUUGUAUUUGCAAUGACAGUCCCCGGUGAUGUUUUCGUCCCCGGAGGUUUUGCAUCCUUAGUUAAUGGAUGGUGUAGCAACUUGGGAACAGUUGCUCUUCCAAAUCAUGAGCGGAUCAUGCAGUACCUGACGGCAUCUGGUGCUCCGUCCGCACGGCAGGUUCAGAAAGGCCAUCGCUUUAAAGACGAGGGAUACGUAAGGUACAUUUACGUUCACCCAGUGUCACAGCACUCGGAGUACAACGUUAUAAAGUGUGUCUGCCUGCCCUCCAUGCGGGCGGGUUACUAUGUCGUCCAUGCCGUCGUAAGAAAGGAUAAUGGCAACAUAGAAGGAGCACACUGCUACUGCCCAGCCGGGUUGAGUGGAUCCUGCCAACAUGUUGCAGGCUUGCUAUUCAGUCUUGAAGAAACUGCCCCUACAAUAGAGCCUUCUUGCACUGAUGUAACAUGUACAUGGGUUGUGCCACCAGCAGCAAAGAAGCCGGACCCUCCCACCCCAAUUGAUAAGAUCAAAUUCAAACGAGAUUCAGUGCGUGUCUCAGCUGCAAGGAGCAGUUACUCUCCUGCGGGGCACCUGCUGCCUGGUGAUCAUUGCAGUCUGGUGGCUGCUUUGGAGAAAGUGCACCCAGAAUGCAUUUGGCUCCGGUAUAAUAGGGACAUAGAAGAAGAUGAAACUGAUGUCCAAGUUCAACCCGCUCCACUUCUUCCUACAUCCGAAGACUUCAUGCAUGGUGACUGGAUAGCAGUUAUUGAACGCUACUUUGAAGGUAUCCAACCUUUAUCAAGUGAAGAAAGGGAAAGCAUAUGUCAAGCAACAGUGGGACAGGCAUCAAACCACACAUGGCACCGGGAAAGACAAGGACGUUUAACAUCUUCAGUAUUCGGACGUGUCAUGAAAUGUAAAAAGCCAGAAGGGCUUGUGAAGGAUAUCCUUUACCCCAAAAAGCAAGUGCAAUGCGAGGCUCUGCGGUACGGUAGAAACCGUGAACCUGAUGCUGUAAAUGCGUACCUGUCAUUAAUGUCGUACUAUGACAGGCAAAUAGUUGCGUAUGAAAGUGGGUUACAUAUUCACCCUGUAUAUGCAUUUCUUGCAGCAUCACCAGACAGAAUUGUAAAGGAAGGGGCUGACGUGGGUAUUUUAGAGGUAAAGUGCCCCUUUUCACAGCAGGGUAGAACCCCACUAGAAGCAUGCACCACAAAGGGCUCUUGCUGUGAAGAAGAAAAUGGGGCUCUUCGUCUCAAACGAGGGCAUCAGUAUUACGCCCAGGUGCAGGGGCAAAUGGCGAUAACUGGCUACAAAUGGUGUGAUUUUGUUGUGUGGACCAACAACGGCUCACUGCAAAAUUCUGUUUCUGUUGAGCGCAUUUACUUUGACAAAGUAUACUGGGACAACCUGUUGCUUGCGUUGUUGCACUUCUACAAACAUGCCGUGAUACCGGAAGUGCUAACCGGUCGUCUCAGGGCAACAGGAAAGUUAUUUGAUGACAAAGCUCCAUACGUGCCAUACUUGGCCAAAACCAAACAAGUCAGGCACAAAAAGUAGUAUGUUGUACCGAAGUAAAUAAAAAUGUUAUGCAUGAAUACUUUUAUUCCUACUUUACAUACACAUCAUUCAGCUGGCAUAAGAUGCAGUACAUUGAUUUAAGUAUUUAUGAGGGGGUCCUGGAAGUUACUUAGAAAAGCACACACCCUGAAGAUGUGGCCAGCUAUAUCCAUCAUAUUGAUUGGGAUAGGGCUAUCAAAUAUGUGGAAUUCUUUUAUGCGCCUAAUAAGCCGUUCAAUGUGGAUCCUCGCACUCGCUAUUUUGCGAGUAUUCUCAACAUCAGCAGGAGGCAUCUGCAUACCUUUCCGAAAUGGUGGUACAUACAGCUUGAUCCCAGGCGGCAGAAAAGAUUCUAGUUUGAAGCCCUUGUCAGCCAUGAUGGCAUCUCCUGGCCUCAAGUGGUCCAGGAGACCACUUUCCUUGACUAUAAAACCGUCACUCACAUGCCCUCCCCACAGGUUUGAAACGAAACACAAAUAUCCGUCUGGUGUCGCCCCUACGAGCACUUUGAAAGUAUUGUAAUGCUUGUAAUUAGAAAAAGUUUGUCGUUGAGCAGUGAGCCUUGACGGCCUUUGUAUUUUGAUCUCUGUGCAGUCGAUAACUACUCUUGUGUCCUGAAAACACGAAAAAGAUUUGGGGAGAUUCUGCUUUAUAGCAUUAGGUGAGGGGAAGUGUGUUUGAGCGCUCAGCUCUUGAUCAAGGAAUUUGACCCACGUGGUAAAUAUUCUACUAAAUGUGGCUUCAGAUAUACCAAAAUUUCUUGUGAUUUCCUGGCUUGGCAUUCCAGUCCUGAGUCUUACGAGUACCAUUAAAAAUUCAUCGUCAAGGCUGACAGCUCUUGGUCGUCCCCUGGCUCCAUCGUUAUUUCUGGGCCCCAUCUGCCAGUAGUUCAUUCGCCUUGCAUUCUCUUCAACAUGCUUAAAAAUUACAUUGAAAAGUUGUUUACUCUUAAAACCGGUGUAAUACUUGAACUUGCUGUCCGGAAUACUCCGCGAGCUCAGUAUGCGUGAAGACAGGUUGCGGUUUUCUUCUUCCAGUGCUUGAAUCCGCAUCUUGAGGAGUUGGUUCUCUGUACUCAUUGUUAUUGUCUCACAGGAGGUCUUGGUUCCAAACUUUGUCGUUAAUUUGUCUUGUUGUAGCAGGAUCAGUGACUCAGCUGCCAUCAGUUCCAAGUGUGUGUGUCCUAUGUGAGAUAGGGAGGAAGAAUGGCUUUAGUUACUGUCAGAAAGCAAGGGUAGGCAAAAAGACAUGAGCAUAUUUAUUCGGCAGUUUUGAUGGGUGAUGAAUGCAGUGACGCAUACCAGUCAUGUAUAGUCAGCUAUCAGUAAAGUAUGUUAAUGAAGAAAAAUAGCCAGUCUUUCUGUUCGAGUGUUUUAGGAAAUGUAGAAAUAUUUAAGAAAGUACCAAUAUGUUCUAAAGCAGGUUACAACAUCUCUACAACACGGUCCUCUCAUGCUGAUCUGUGCAGUUGUGGUUGGUUAGGAUACGUAGAUGAAAACUAGUACCCAUCUAUUAAAAGGGUGUGUAACAUAGCAGCUUAACGAACACUCUGGAGUACACAACACUACUAUGUAGAGUGGUGUUGUCUUAUGACCGCUGCAGGUAUCUGUCAAAAUUAGUAACAAAUGUGAUACUCUUACCGUCUUCACUGGUGCUCUGGAUUGCUGAACUUGUGCUGCCUUCAUCACAGACAGGGCUUUCAGAACCUGGUACAAAUAUGAGGGAUGAAAAGUACACAUGUGCUCUGCCUGUAGUAAAAUGUGCCAAAAUGAUAGUCCGCAGUAAUUGCUCAGCUUUGCUUUCACAGUACAUACCAGACUUGUCGCUGCUGCUGUGGGCUGCAGACCCUUGUCCGGUACUCUGAGGGAAGGAGCUACGAGCACAAUCUGUUAGAGGUGGGAGGAAGCAAAUUCGGUCAUUGACCUAUCUGUGCCAGAUAUGUGGGCUGCAUCACGGGUGUACUACCUAAGAUAUCUGCGUUUGAUUGUUAGUUUUACUUCCCAUACACAAAUGUGAUGUGACAUAGAGCAAAGCACAUACGCUCGUUUUUCUUUUGCUGAAACCGUCUUUGCGAUCGCUCAAGCCUCUGAAGGGCAUCAGUCCUCCGCUGGCACGCGUUUUCAUCAUUUUUGUCAGCAGCACAUGGCACGUAGUCAACAUGUUUUGGUGAACGGCUUGGCCUUCCUAAUGCAUAACAAACAAAGGUUCAUUACAGACUUCGGACUUUUUCUGACUGCAAUAGCACCAACGCCGUAAAUACACGUUUUUGGUUAUUUCGUUUCCGGCUAUCGUGCCGCCGUAUUUCUCACGUACCUGUUGCGAAAUGUCGAUGACAUAUUCGUGAAUACGGAGUUGGAAUCCACGGCUUGCCAUGUUCGUCAACACGCUUAACAGCAGUAAUCCAGGCUUGCCUCCUCUGUGUUUCACGUUUUUCCGACGGGAAACGGAAAAAACCUUUUACUCCCCGUGACUUGCAGCCGGGCAUUGCGCACGUUGACGGCAUGAUAUGCUCUUCUGUGCCUUAUGCUAGUAACAGUAGCAUACAAACUACGGCAUUCAGUAACGUCAACAAACAAAAAAAAAAAAAAAAAACACGACGAUAGAGUGAACACGUGGUUUAGUUUCGCUUCUGCACGUCUGCUUGAAUCCGCCGCCACACAUAUCACUUGGUCGUCUGCUGCACCAGACUUGCCCUCCAAGUUGUUUCUGCGCUCCGCCGCAAGAUGGCGAUAACAAAUGAGCAUGCGCAGGAGGUAUUUUUGAAAGAGGCCCAUUGCCCAUUCGUAGAACCCAGCUCUCCCCUUCCGAUCUGUUUCGGUUUCGGUCUGUCUACCAACGUAAUGAUGACGUUUGUUGGGUAGAGGUUUAUUGCUGCAUAUGCCCAGCAAGUUGUUGAUGCAGAAAACCACACCGAAAUACAAUGGUACUGAAAAAUGUCCAUUUACUUUUUCAUUAGCCGUAAAACGCCACAGCAGUGGACAAUGCCAUGUCGAAUGAACGUCUUGCAGGAAUUACAUCGUGAUUUCUAUUUGCCGAUAACUGACAGGUAAACCAGUUACGUGCCAGGAAAAACAUCGAAAAACGUUGAUCGAAAAACGGAAUGGCAUGAAAGAACACUAAUCUAAAAGGGAAAAAAGGCAAAAGGGAUUAGGUGCAACAAAUGCAGAAAGUGACAUAGGCAACUCUUAAACUCCUUGAUGUCUGCGAUGUUUGUAAUGGAUCCGGGCAAGCCAUUCUGCUCCACAGACGUCCGGGUAUGGAUGAUUCAUUAAAUGAUCUAGUUGACCAUGUUAUGAUGCCAACUGUCUAAUAAAGUAAUGACGGUUGAAAAUAUUUUGGUAUACGGUACUACGUAUAUAUAGUGGUAAAUACAGGGUGUUCAAAAUUAAGCUUUCACGAGCGCUACGCAAACACAGCGAUAACAGGAAACCGGAUGAUAACUUUACGCUGCUUGUGUAAGAAACAGGUGCUGCUAAUUAUGUAGCACCUGUUUCUUACUCAAGGAAUAGAAAAAUAGCACCAGUUUUGCUUUUGUUCACCUAUUUAUAAAGUGCUAGUGAAAGCUUAAUUUUGAACACCCUGUAUAUCGAUACUACUAUAAAAGGUGAACGCUCACCGUGAAGAAGUGGGCACUCUCAAAGUAUCGAAACGCGUGUGGUGGAGAAGGACCAACUUGCCGUUCUCAACUGGAAAGGCUUUCCAGUGAAAACGCAACCACACUGAAGAAACAUCAUUUUGGUGGUCACCAUUUGCAUGGUGAGAAGAUUGGCCGACUGUCCAUUUAAGCUCAUUAAAGGUUGACAGAGGGUGCCACUACGCUGUUGUUGCCUGCACACAGCACUGGCACAACUCAAAGCUUCUUAGAAGGGCAACCUUUCCUUGAGUUUGAAGAGAGAGAUGGCACAGAAGGGGAGGGACAGAAGAAUGUGCACAUGAGACUCGAUGAGGGAUGGGCUUGAUCGGUUUGAUGAUCCGAAAGUACCUGAACGUUUAUGGGUUAUUGGAAUACCGUAUUUUAGUUUGGCAUGAAUAGUUUAGACGAUAUUGGGUUGCAUUGUGUCCCUCAGUAUGCGAUUUACAAGCAGCAAAAACAUGAAUUACACUGUCUAGCUAUGCAUUAAUAUUAUGCACUCAAAAUAUCAUUGUCGCUCACUGUAUUGUGAUUCCUCUGCGUCAUGCGUAUUCACUAUUACGUGAAGCUGCGACACACUAUUGUUGCUUCUGCAGAAGACUCGUCGUUGGCGUUGUCUCAGACUCUUCAACAUUCCAUUUUGCGUGGACACAACCUUUUCACGAAUAAUGGCAGUCGUCUUGAUCCGUUCACACCUGUAGGGCUUUGCUUCAUCACAUUUUGGGAGCAUUUUCCUGAACAACAGUCACACGUGGUCGCUUUGCGCUCUGCAGCCGGUUGUGCUGAACCAGAACACCUGUGAAAAGACACUUGGGACAUACGGAGAACACGUACAGGUAUUUCUUCUUCAGUUUGGAGAGGGCCAUUGGAGGAAACGAAACUAUCAGACUUGACUAACGGUUGGACGAUUGCACAUCUUCUCGAGAAACACUGACACAAAGUAACACGAUCGACCGCGACCUCCAGCCGAGGAUCGUCAUGUGGCAUGUUCACCCCCUUACCCCUUUGUUGGGAUUUUGCCAACCCAGCCUUCCGCAAAAUGCAUUUAACGGGCUGUCGAAUUCUUCAGGAUUAUGGUUGGGCAGCUUUUAAAAGAAAAUGAGAGAAAAGAAGCCCAAGGCCCCACUUUUCCGGCGAUUGGAAGGCGCGUCCGCACGAUCAAGAGACUGAACGAAAUUUGGGAGUCUCCUAGAUAGGGAGACUUGGCAGGUAUGAAUUGCUGAUGUACCGCAGACUCAAGUCCUCUUUAAGCUAUCAUGAUAGCGGCUCUCUGAAAGCAUGGCCGAGGAACUUGAUGCCUGCGGUAGGACCUCUGAUACAGGUGAUAUGAUGGGAGAGGGAAUUAUGAUAUUGACUGGUUUAGAUGUCGCCAUAUUGACUUUGAACUGGAAUGGCCAGCUGGCUGUUUCCUACCCAGAAAUGCAGGGGCUGAAAGUCAGUAUACCAUGCUGAUACCAUGACAAUGAUUGUACCUUCUUUUGCAACGUUAAGCCACAAAGUGUCCUUGCAUAAUUGUCUUUCCAGAAUAUGUGCCUGGUGUAAUAAUUGGGGCAUGAAGCUGAAUUCUGAUAAAAGUGCUCUAUUGAGAAUCUAAAACAAGACAGACAUAUAUUCCAGUAUACAUAUACCAUUGAUGCAAGUGUAACUCUUGAAGUUAUCAAAUAUAAAUAUUUCGGUUGCGUUAUUUCUUGCCUGUAGUAUCCACAACAUAUUUCUGUUGUUGACGUUCCUCAGCCCUGCGUAGUCUCAGGUGUGUAAAACGCAAGUUCUUUGCAAGCAAAUUCUGCUAUUGUCAAUCCAAAAUCCCCAUUAUACACACUGCCUAGCAGUGCUCAUUACAUAAGGCCUACUGCUCGUGGGCACUGAUGUGCUGAUGUAUGGUGCUUCCGUAGAGGCAAGAGGGAGUAUGCUGGGUCUCAAUACAAAAUAUGCUGACUCUGCAGCCUGUUCAUCCGCUACUCUUAGUCGCCAUACAAGCCACUUGCUUGGAGGAUAGCCAUGCAGAAAGUAGUCAUUGCUUUUGUGUAAAGGGCAUGGCUGUCUUGGCUCAUUUCAUAAUUUCACCACAAACAACUGCAUCUGACGUUUAUUGCUUCUGAGGAUGGUAAAUACUUGCAUCAGGUUCUUGUUGGCAUAGCCAUUGAAAAAUAAUAAAUGGCAUAAAAAACUAUGACAACUUCAGUGUCUUUUAGCUUGAUCGUUUCUUUCCUAUGAAAUUUCUGACUGACGAUUGAUUUGUGUUUCAUCGGCUCAUUCUAGCAAUGCACACAGGACUGCUCUUUCUGCUAGUGACCGCGUUGAGGUCAGUGAAAGGGUGAGAAGGUCAAAAUAAAGUUGAAACUUGGGCUGGUUGGUAAGACAUAUUUAUACGACAUAUAAACGACAAGCCCAGGAGUACAACGGACAAACACAAAUAUAACUAUAAACACAGGAGGAAGUGGGAGAAGUGGGGUAUUAUACGUGCGUAUCUGGCAAGUUCUUGUUUUGCAGUUCAGAGUGUGUUUGUGUUUAUUUGGGUUUAUCUGUUGUAUUCCCUAGCUCUGAGGGUUUUAUUCUAGUGCAACCACAGUAUACCUUGGCCUAAGUAAUCCUUGCACCAAAAAACCUUCAACAAUGUACAUACAUGCCACCUCAGUAUACCAAACAGUGUUUUUGCUGAUCAAAAAGACAUCCGAAUGAGAAGAGAACGCAAGGUUGGAAAGAUAAAAUAAAUGACAGAAAAGUACCCAGAAGUGAAGAAACCCUAUCCCUGGUUCCCUACAAGGUGUUGCAGGUUGCAGGAGAAAGGAAAACCGUAGUUCAGUGAAACCACAGCAAAAGAAACAGGCUCUGCAAGCAGCUUUCAGAUAACAAUAAAAAAAAAAAAAAAAAGAAGAGAGAGCUUGUCAACAUCUUUACAAAAUACUACCCAUCCUUUGGGCCCUGUUCCCCUCACUACCCCCAAAAACGGAUUAAGAACUCCGAUGGUGCUCUCUCGCAAAAUCCUGGAAUCAUGGGUGCUCCCUCACCAGCUGACGACCACAUCCAGGAUCCAGUACUACGGUGCCUUGAUGCAGACGUGCGUACCGUCCACAUCUCCCACAACUCCAAGAAAGCCAGCCAACUUAAAGAAGUAGUCUUGCUGAGCUGCUCUCACCUCCUUGGCUGUUGGCCAUCUGAAUAAAUGCAGGUCAUUAUAGAUUGCAAGUAAAGGUCACAGAGCAGAAAGCACAGACAUACAUGUGUACUCACUGGGCGAAGCUGCUGACAUGCCUACAAAGUGCAGCGACGACUGUGUGCAGAACGUGGCAUGCCAUCUAUUUGUGUACACUCACAAGUUCCCGGUAGUGAGAUACUUUUUUUUUUUUUAUUUAUUAAUACUGUAAGCCAAUAUGUGGCCCAAACAGGAGUGGCAUACAUGUUUGACACAUAUUCAACAAUGGACAACAAAACAGAUCUCAGUAAAUUGACCCAUCAAAACACGAUCCUACACUAUAUCUAUUAAAUUAACACCACAAGGCAUUCUAUUGAGAACAAAAAUAAAAUUGCUCCACGUUACUUAUAAAAUUACCUGACUCGAAAACACUUCCGGGCAAUGAAUUCCAAUCUUCUAUCGUUCGAGGAAAGAAACUAUAUUUAAAUGCAUUAGUUAUUGCAAAAAUUGGUGCUAGCAUUUGUUCCCGCUGACUGUGUCGUGUUCUUCUCAACAAUGUAGGUUUCAGAGAAUUUGGUAAAUUUAAUGCGACAUUUCCCAUCAGACCCUUACGAAGAAAUAAUAUCCGACUAAUUUUUCGGCGCAGUUCAAGUGUCUGAAUGUUGUUUACCUGCAUCAGCUUACUAGGUGAGUCAGUUCUUCUGUAUUUCCCAAAAACGAAUCUCUUCUUUCCCAAACGAAUCCCAAAAACGAAACGGCUCUUCUCCUCUCCACAUACUGCUGAUACUGCUGCGUAAGGAGCACCGAUGUCCUGAGCGACAAGAGAGGUGAUAAAAAAUAUGCCUCUCGCGUAAAUUGAAACUGUAGUUGCAGUUCACCGUCAUCCAGGCACACCAGUGGGUUCUCUCACUCCCAGUACGCUAUCUAUCGUGGCAGGGACAACGCGAGAUAGAAUUGGUGCAGAUGUCAAAUCCUCACUGCACUUGGCUGACAUGUUAGUCCUAAGCUUUAGUGCGAUAGUUUAGGGUGCUCAUGGAACCCUUGACUGGUUCCCUAGUUUGUGCAGAGCUAGGGCCCCCCACUUUAGUGCUCAAAAAGUUUCUUGCAAGCCAAUCAAUGCUCCAGCACUCCAUUGAGUGGAACCCUUAUUGAGUGUUACACUAAAAAUGUUUCGUGCAAUCAGGCCCAGGACUCAAUGCUGCUCAUCCGCAGCUCAUGUUGCCCUUAUCAUUCUGUGUUUCUGACUAAUGUUAUAGGCCAAAAUACUUCAUUUGCAUUAGCCCAGGGUGAGUGAGUGAGUGCACCUUGUCCCUUUUGAGUCAGGUCAGACGUCAAGCGUCACAGGCGUGAGAAAAAAGAAAAAAAAUACAUAAACUAUACACACGAGCACUAUAUACAAAUGUCAACAAAAGUCUUUUGCUUUCUUUCUCCGUUCCCACUGUACUAGGUGGCGCUUCACUUGCAUCAACCGCUCCUCCUCCUGUUGACUUUGGGUUCUUGUUUGGUCGAGGAACCAGGCGACGAUGUCUUCGGUGUUCUCUUUUGGUCCUCCGCUCCACACUGGUUCCAAUUUCGCCUUGCCGCAUUCGAGUAGAACGUGUCGUAUGGUUUCCGGCACGGCACAGCACAAGUCACAUGUAGGGCUUGCGUCAUGAAAGAGUUCGUUUCGUCUUACGUUGGUUUGCAGGGAGCCCGUUCUUGCUUGGAACAAGAGUGCACUGCCCCCCUCUCCUGUAUACACUGGGUUGUACGGCAUGAACACUGCUUUGGGGUUCAUAUCAGAAAUUCGUUUCAGUUCACCAGUAACAUGCCCAGCCAUAGUUGCAGCAUUGUCAUGUACUUGCCCGUAGCAGUGCUUAUCACAAAUCUGUCUUAUAAUUAUGUCAGCUGAUUUUCCAUGAAACUAAAUUAAGGCAAUGAAGGACCCCAUCUCUGUGUUUUCGAAGUGCACAUAUCUAAUCACUUGGGAUAUUUGGUCAGUGUGAGAAACGUUGGGACUGCGCUUAAACAUAAUAAUUGCCCUGUGCGAUGUAUUGAAUGACUGCUCUUCUGACCAGUGGUUUAUCCAGAAUCCCAAGCACGGAGGGGUGUUGGAAAAAAUUGGGGGGGUCAUUACUAUAGUUACAUCAGUACAGCUUAACAUAUCAUUACUGACAUGUGUCUAAAGCUGAAAUCACAAGGGCAGCCUUAGUAGGGGGUACACAGGUGAAAAAGUUCGGGAGGUGACACUGAACAUCUGAGGGCUGUAGGGGGGUCUGGAUAAAUCACUGCUUCUGACAUGUCACUGAGCGGGCUGAUGAUCGAACUCAGUCUGACUAGGGCCGGAUCCAUACCCUUGGUUUGGGA